GUGUUGACAAUAAUGGAGUCAUUCGGUGAAAACGUCAAAAGGCCCAAGGAAGGCAUUUGUUAGUUGAAGUGAAAAAACGUGAAAAAUUGGUGAAAAAAGUGAAAAAGGCAAUAUCUUGAGUGAUUUUGAGCAUCUUCUAGUGUUUUGUGGUAUCUCAGUGAUUUACUAUUUUGUCCUGCGACAGCUAAAAAGGUCUCUUUUGGUGUGUGUUGGUGUUGCAGGGAAACUCGGGAAGACAGACAUUCCCUUUCGGGCUGUUUGGCAUCUUACGGCUUUUCUUUUUUCCUUUGCGGUCCUCCUCCCAAUCAUCAGGGAUUUUCUGUCUAUUUUCCCCUGAACUACCGCACCAAUCACAAUAAUUGAGGAAAAAAAAGGAGUGAAAAUCAUAUUGAAAACAAAAAAAAAAUGCAAAUGAAUACAAAUCGAGAUUUGACUGAGCGAAUGCUCGUAAUGUAGCCCCUGAAAGUUGAUUAAUUUCUUGAGAGAAGAAAAGAGAAAGAGAGAGAGAGUCUCAAGGCAGGGAGAGAGAAAGAGAGAGAGAGAGGGAGAUAAGAAGGAGAGAAUAAGAGAAAGAGAGAGAGAGAGAUGUCAGGAAGUAGUACAAAUUCACCAAAUCCAAUGGCAACAUCUGACGAUGUUAAGCCAAUGUCCCCCUUCAAACAGGCUACAUCACCGAUUAAAGGGGGAAUCGGUACCGCUCCACCAUCAUCACCAUCACUAGCACCAUCGACAGCACCAACAACACCAACAACAAUGGGUACGGAUGAAAAACCAGCGGGAAAAUAUGAAUUUGUCUUUAUACGUCCACCCGAAGCUCCGGUUUUUCGACCAAAUCUCGAUGAAUUCAAAGAUCCCCUGGCCUAUAUCAAUAAGAUCCGACCAACAGCUGAACGAUAUGGUAUAUGCAAAAUAAUUCCACCAUCAUCAUGGUCACCACCAUUUACCCUUGAUGUUGAUCGUAUGCGUUUUACCCCACGUGUACAGCGUCUCAAUGAAUUGGAAGCUAAAACGCGCAUUAAAUUGAAUUUUCUCGAUCAAAUAGCAAAAUUUUGGGAACUUCAGGGAUCAAUGUUGAAGAUACCAUUGGUGGAACGUCGUGCACUUGAUCUCUAUUCACUGUACCGUGAGGUUCAGGCUGAAGGUGGCAUUGAAGUGGCAUGUAGAGAGAGAAAAUGGUCAAAGAUAGCAUGUCGUUUGGGUUAUCCACAGGGAAAGAGUGUUGGUACCAUACUAAAGAGUCACUAUGAACGUAUACUGUAUCCAUUUGAAUUGUAUACAACGGGAAAGUCAGUUGAUUUGAAAUUGGAACCAGAUUCAGAGGAUUGUGACUACAAACCACAUGGAAUUGUAUCGAGGCAACAAGUAACACCGCCAGUUGAGACAACGGCAAGACGAUCAAAGAGAUUUAUGCAGAAUCCAUCAAAUGGCAGUACACCAAUUAAGGACAUUACAGAUUCACCCGAGGAGAAACGGUACCAUGUUGGUGCUUCGAGGAUGGGACGUCAGGUGACCCUUGGACGUCCAAAGAGAGCCGGCGGUGGUGUAUCAGUUGACCCCUUGGCCAAGUAUAUCUGUCUCAAUUGUACACGUGGUGAUGCCGAAGAAGCCAUGUUGCUGUGUGAUGGUUGCGAUGAUAGCUAUCACACAUUUUGCCUAAUGCCGCCCCUCCAUGAGGUGCCAAAGGGUGAUUGGCGGUGUCCAAAGUGUGUCGUUGAGGAGGUCAAUAAACCCAUGGAGGCUUUUGGUUUCGAACAGGCACAACGUGAGUACAAUUUACAUCAAUUUGGCGAUAUGGCUGAUGCCUUUAAGUCCGAUUACUUUCGUAUGCCGGUCAAUCGGGUGCCCAUUGAGACGGUUGAAUAUGAAUUUUGGCGUAUUGUAUCGUCAAUUGAUGAAGAUGUUACAGUUGAAUAUGGUGCUGAUUUGCAUACAAUGGAUCAUGGUAGUGGUUUUCCAACACGUAGUGCCCUGUAUUUGCAUCCGAGUGAUCAAGAAUAUGCUGAGAGUAGUUGGAAUCUCAAUAAUUUACCAUUACUUGAAGAUUCAAUAUUGGGCCAUAUAACGGCCGAUAUAUCGGGUAUGAAGGUACCAUGGAUGUAUGUUGGUAUGUGUUUUGCAACAUUUUGCUGGCACAAUGAAGAUCACUGGAGUUAUUCGAUAAAUUAUUUGCACUGGGGUGAACCAAAGACAUGGUAUGGUGUACCAGGUGGACAGGCUGAACGUUUUGAGGCAACAAUGAAACGUGAAGCACCAGAAUUAUUUGCCUCUCAGCCAGAUUUGCUGCAUCAAUUGGUCACAAUAAUGAAUCCAAAUGAAUUGACAAAUAAUGGUGUACCAGUUUAUCGGACAGAUCAACAUUCAGGUGAAUUUGUAAUAACAUUUCCAAGAGCCUAUCAUGCUGGCUUCAAUCAAGGCUACAAUUUUGCCGAAGCUGUUAAUUUUGCACCGGCGGAUUGGUUGAAAAUGGGACGUGAGUGUAUCAAUCACUAUUCAACAUUGAGGCGUUUCUGUGUUUUUUCGCACGAUGAAUUGGUGUGUAAGAUGGCAUUGGAACCGGAUAAACUAAAUAUGGGCAUAGCAACAGCAUGCUUCCUUGACAUGGCCGAAAUGGUGGAUACAGAGAAGAAAUUGAGGAAAUCUCUACUUGAAUGGGGUGUAACAAAUGCACUGCGUGAACCAUUUGAACUACUUCCGGACGAUGAGCGUCAGUGUGAAAGUUGCAAAACCACAUGCUUCCUGUCUGCCGUUCAAUGUGGCUGCAGUAGUGCCCUGGUUUGCCUGCGUCACUACACAGAAUUGUGCAAAAAGUGUCAACCAUCUGCCCUAACCCUCAAAUAUCGCUAUACCUUGGAUGAACUACCGCUAAUGUUGCGUCGUCUCAAAGCAAAAGUUGAGACAUUUGAGCGUUGGGUUCAACGUGUCCGGGCGGCAAUGGUGCCAACGGACGGUUGCGAUAAGAUAACAAUUGAGGAACUUCAGGGAUUGGUGACGGAAGCCCGUGAGAAACACUAUCCAUCAUCAACGAUGUUGGAUUGUUUGGUGGAGAAUCUCAAUGAGGCAAAUAAGUGUGUUAGAGUGAUACAGCAAUUAAUCUACUAUCAAGAACGUGCUCAGUCAAAAGCCACUGAUACACCGUACCGUUUGACAUUGGAUGAAUUGGAUUUAUUUGAUCAUGAAAUCAGUAAUUUAUGCUGUACAAUUGGUGAUACAUCAAUUGUCCGUGAGUUAUAUAGGACGGGAAUUGGGAUAACUGAACGUGCUAGUGAAAUGCUAAAUAGUCGACUGAAUGACAUUGAUCCGGUGGCCAUGAAGGCAACAAUUGAUGAAGGGGCUGUGACGUGUUUGGAUUUGCCAGAAAUUGAACAAUUGCGCGUUAGAUAUCGUCAGGUGGAUCUCUAUGUGAGAAUUGUGGCGGCUAGGGAGUGUCAGAGUGUUGAUCAGGUGAUACAGCUAAAGAGUCUCUUGGCUGAGGGACUUACAAUGUCACCAGAACCCCAGCUUGAGGAACAAUUGGCCGAAAUUCAGGGAAUCAUCAAGGGAAUUGAUGAAUGGACUGAAGAUGCACAGGUGGUUUUAGAUGGUGGCCAUCUUGUUUUAGCAUCAACUGUUAAGAAACUCCUUGAACGUGCUGACAGUUCAAUUGCCGCUACGCCAUGUGGUCGUCGAAUGCAGGAAAACUAUGAUAGAUACCAACGAUGGCAGGAAUUGUAUCAGAGAAUGCAGAGUAAGAAGGAAUAUCCGUAUUUGAGGAAUGUCGAAGAGGCUGUUGUCAUUGCACUCGAUAUUGAAUUCCGUACACCGGAUAUUCAUGAUCAUUUGGCCCAUUUUAAGGCUGCCCUCAAAUGGCGAAAAUUCGUUACAAAAGCCUUUGUACGAAAAUCAACUGGAUUCAGUUUAAUUUAUGUCCUACCACCACGAACAGCUGCAAUAAUGCCAGAUGAUGGUACAACUGUUAAAGAUGGUGAAGAUGGUGAAAAGGAUGAAAGAGAUUGGGGAUUGAGUGAUGAAAUGACACCAGCUGAGGCUAUUGAAUCAUUCAAAAGGGGCGAGGAGCAUGAACGGCUGGCAAUGUUGGAAUUGAGAGAGAAGAAUACAUCAAAGGAUCCAAUACGUGAUACAUUUUGUAUUUGUGGCAGUGAACUCAAUGAGAAGACAAUGAAUCGGUGUCAAUUGUGUCUAAAUUGGUUUCACUAUACGUGUGUUCCGGCAGCUAGGACAAAGGCACCACCAUUGCGAUCACUGGACUGGAUGGCUGAUCCAACGAUGCCAAGUACAUCGGCAGCUGCAAUGCGUUCAAUGGGUGGCAUUGAGGAUGAAGUUAGAUUUCUCUGUACAUCGUGUCAACGUUCACGACGUCCACGAUUGACAUGCAUCCUGCGACUGUUGCAGGCUCUCAAGGAUAUUCCAAUUCGUAUUCCCGAGGGUGAGGCACUGCAGUAUCUAGCUAAACGCGCCAUUGAUUGGCAGGAACGGGCCAAUCAAAUUUUGGAUAGUGAUGAAGUUAUUGAUGUCCUUCGACGAAUUUCUGGAAGUCCUUCUGUAUCGACCACAGGAAAGGCAGCAUCAACCGAAGUGGCUGCCGAUGAUGAUGCCACUGGUGCCCAGAAAAAGGACGGUGAUGGCAAAAAUACUGAUCAAUUGACCAAGAAAGGUGGUAAAGGACGUGAAAUUGAACAUGCAUACAGUGUUCAGCAGACAGGUGUUGCAGAUGGCGCCACUAGAACAACCACAUCAACAGACGAUGUCAAAUUAUCACCAGAAACACUUCAAACCCUCGAUAAUCUCCUUUUUGAGGCCAAUCUCAUUGAAGUGACAACAGAACAGAGUGUUCUCAUUUGGCGAAUUUUGAAGCGUGAGAAAAAAGAUGGCUACCGCAGCUACUACAGUCCAGAGUACGAGGAAGGUGACUGGGGCAGUUCAAGUGGAUGGUCAGGUAGUCCAAUGGAACGAUCAACGCGAGAGGCAUCACUGAGACAUGGGAAACUGAAGCAACGUCAACGACUGGCAGAUGAUCAAGUGACAUCUGGUGGUGUCAAGAGGAAACGUACAGAAGUCACAAAGAAGAAAAUAGAAAAAUCCAAAGGAAAAACCCAAACGAAGAAAGCCAUCUCAGAUGAUGAUGAUGACGAAGGUGAAUGCAGUGCUCCAAAGUGCAUCAGACCAAAUGAACGAAAAUUUGUUGAUUGGGUACAGUGCGAUGGUGGAUGUGACAAAUGGUUCCACAUGAAAUGUGUUGGAGUACAGAAGACUCAGGUGACAGAUGAAGUUGAUUUCUACUGUGGCAAGUGCAAUGAAAAUGCACCAUCACUGACAUCUGGUGGUGGUGGUCCAAUUGAUGAUGGUACAACUGCAACUGCUGCAACAUCAACUACUGCCACCGCAGCUACUGCAACGGGUGGUACAUUGGCGAUAAAUCAACCAGAAGGUGAUGAUGAUGUUUUGGUGGCACGAAGGGAAAUGUCAUUUGUCGAUUAUGUCAAAAUGGCGUCAAAUGAUGAGACAGCUGAAGGUGAUGGUGAUGCUGAUGGUGAUUCCCAUCAGAAUCCAUCACCUGGAUCCUAUAGCUAUGACUGUCUCUUUGGAUCUGACACUGAAAUGACAUUUGAAGAGGAAAUUGCCCAAUUGAAGGAACUCACGAAGAAUUGCCGAAGUCGUCAGAGAAGGUCAGACAGGAAGUAGGAAAUAGGUAGGAAUGUCUUUUAUUUUUAUUAUUAAUUUCUUCUUUUUUUUGUUUUAAUUUACAACUAUUUGCUAAUUAUUAAUGUAAUUUUGUGAAUCGUACGUUAGCAGAAAGAAAGAGAGAAAGAUAGAGAGAAAGAGAGAGAGAGUAUUAAUUUGAGGGAAAGUAGUUCAGCAACAAAAAUUUAAAAAAAAAAGAAAAUGAAAUAUUAUUAUUAAAAAAAAUCCCUCAAUAACAAUCCAAACUCUAGCCCAAUUCCCUUUUUUGAAAAAAAAAACAAAAAACAAAAAAGAAAAUUUAAGAAAAAUGAAGUAAUUUUUAGAAUUAAUGAAUUAAAGAAAAAAAUUAGUAAGAAUUAAGUAAACAAUAAAAAAGAAAAAACAUUAAAAAAAUACUUAUUGGCACCUUUUGGUGUAAGAGACAUCUAUAUAACUAUAUUACUUACAUUUAUUGCUAAAUAACAAGAUAAAAAGAAAAAAAACAAUUUAAAAUAUUAUAGAUAUUUAGGAAGAGAUAAAAACAAAAAAAAAACUAAAAUAAAGAUUUGUAGUUUGAACGACAGAAAGAGAGAAAGAAAAUAUUACUACAGAGAAAUCUGAAGAAAAAAAUAAUUAUUAAUAGUAAAAAAAAAAAUUUUGAAAAAGAAAGAAAAAAAGAACAAAAAAACAAACAAGAAAAUAUAUUUUCAAGUCACUUCCAGAGUCUCCUGAAUAUUAUUUUCUAAAUUUUUUUUCUUCACGAUAUUUCAUUUUUUCAAAAUGUUUUUUCUUUCUCUCAAAAAAAAAGAUGUACAUUUAGAAUUUAAAAAGUGUGUGCGUGAGAUUGUUUGAAAAGGUGUUUCAUUUAGUUUAUUUUUCUUCGUUUUUUUCGUUUUUUUUUUUUGUUAGAACGAUUUAUCAUCCAAAAUGAAUUAUUAUAUAUAUUUUGUCUGAAGAGAGAGAGAGAGA